UAUGUAUUGAAUUCAGUGUUUUGUGUAUUUCAGAUGAUAAGAAAGAUAUUGACCAUGAGACAGUGGUGGAAGAGCAGAUCAUUGGAGAGAAUUCUCCUCCAGAUUACUCAGAAUACAUGACAGGGAAGAAACUUCCUCCUGGUGGAAUACCUGGCAUUGACCUCUCAGACCCCAAGCAACUGGCUGAAUUUGCUAGAAUGAAACCAAGGAAAAUUAAAGAAGAUGAUGCUCCACGAACGAUAGCUUGUCCUCACAAAGGCUGCACAAAGAUGUUCAGGGACAACUCUGCCAUGAGGAAGCAUCUGCACACUCAUGGCCCUCGAGUACACGUAUGUGCAGAAUGUGGCAAGGCCUUUGUGGAGAGCUCGAAACUAAAGCGACAUCAGCUAGUGCACACCGGAGAGAAACCCUUUCAGUGUACGUUUGAAGGAUGUGGAAAGCGCUUUUCACUGGACUUCAAUUUACGCACACACGUGCGAAUUCACACUGGUGACAGGCCCUAUGUUUGCCCAUUCGACGGCUGCAAUAAGAAGUUUGCGCAAUCAACUAACCUGAAAUCUCACAUCUUAACACACGCUAAGGCCAAAAACAACCAGUGAAAGCUGGAGAAAGAAAGUUGUUGAACUCAAAAACAUCUUGCAGGAAAAUGAAUUGGAAGUAAAUACGCCUCCCCUUUGUAUAUUGUUUCUAGGAAAGAAUUUUAAAAAAAAAAUAAAAAGAACCCUACAAAGCUAAAGGACACGUUUUGAUAAGUAGUAAAUAAAAAGGAAAAAAAAUAAAAUUAAUACAACAAAUCCACACAAAACCAACUCUAAGGUGACGUUGCUAAGAUGCUCUGCCUUGCUCUGUAACCCCGUUCCAAGAACACGG